AUGGCCUGGAAUGAUCUCCCCAUGGAUCUCCUUCGUUGCAUCUCAUCACAAUUGUCCAUUGUAGACUUAGCUCGAUUAUCUAUUGUUUGCACCUCAUGGAAUUUAACUCUUGCCAACUAUGCACUCCUUGGAUUUCAAUGUUAUCCGUCUCCAUGGCUGCUCCUUCCCAACGAUGUUGGAGAAGCUUCCGACACACUCACCUUCUACGAUGUUACCAUUGAAGAAAAAGCCGACGUUGGUUGCCAUCGUCGCUUCUCCUCCCUCAGUAGCCUUAUCUAUGGUCGUCGUUGCUUUGGCUCCAAUGAUGGAUGGCUCGUGACCCUUGAUAAAAUAGAUCUACAGCCUCACCUCUUUAACCCUCUCACAAAGGCUGAAAUAUUGCUCCCAUCCCUUUUCACCAUCCCCAAAGAUCAAGGUCAUAUAAUUGAGCCCGAAUACGCCCCUGAUGGCUCCAUCAGGUUUUUUUGUAAUGAAGUUUCUUCAUACUUUACCGUGGACGAAGAAGGCUUACGUGAUAUAUAUUUUCAUAAAAUCAUUGUCUCCUCUAAUGACUCGUUUAGAACUACUGUUGUUAUUUAUGGCUUUACAAAAGCACUGGCUUUGGCAAGGCCAGGAGAUCAAGCUUGGGUUCUCGGCCCACAAUUACCUCCUUACACCUUGAAGCAUAAUGAGCAAUUUGAAGAUGUUUACUAUCAUGAUGAAGAUCAAAGGUUUUAUGCAAUCACACAUUUUUCUAUGGUGCUAUCUUUUGAUCUCAAUGGACAAAAUGUUGAAAUCAUCUGCCCGGCGAUGCGAGACCCGUGUUGGCGUAAUAGACACUCUGAUUACAUGUACUAUAUUGCUUUUAUGUCAGGAACUCUUCUAAAAAUAGAGAGGGUGAUCAAAAUUUAUGAGGAGGAGAUCGAUCAAACAAAUAACGUGAAGACGAUAGGUUUCUUUGUUUCAAAGUCAGAGCCAGCUGUUAUUGGUUCUUCUUAUUCUUGCCCUCAAUGGGUCCCCGUCAAGGACUUGUGUGGUUACUCCCUAUUUGUGGGUUGUAAUCAGACUUUUUAUUUGCAUCACAUGAUUGCUCCUGGAAUUAGACCGAAUUGCAUAUACUUUGCUGAUCAUUUGAGUGACAUGUUGCCAGAGAAUGUUAAUCGGGAUGCUGGUCUUUUUGAACUUCAAAGUAGGCAAUUUCAAUAUUUCUUGGACUCAGAUUCACAGUCUAACUGGCCCCCUUCUAUUUGGUUUACACCUUCACUUUCAAUUUCAUAA